GCGUGAACUUUCACCUCAAUUCCCAUAGCCACGCAUUUUCGUGUUGUUUUUUACAGGACAGUGACAACACUAACACGAUCUUUAACCUUGAGUAUGCAUCGACUUUUGAGCUUUUAGGCAUUUAUUCCUCAACGAAUCGCGUUUUGCACAGUGUUUGUUGCACACCAUCUGUUGCAGCCUUAUGGAAACUUAUAUCAUCUUCACUAACCAAAGUCAAGGAAGGGAUCGAAUAUUCAGAGCAACCCAAUAUGCAUGUGCUUUGGCGAAAUACCUUCAGAGAAAUGAAGCGAAGAGAAAAGAGCUGGUGAAAAAGCUGCAAUUUCUGGAGUCUAAUAUGAGUUCUGGGCGGAAGCGUAAGAAUUCAAACUCUGCAAAACACAAAAUCUAUGCCACUGCCAAAACUUCUAAACUGGGCAUUUACCAAACAAAUGCAGGGGUGGUGGGCUUCUGUGGCCUCGUUUCUUCUCUUUUAGGUAUAUUGUCAGUUUUGAGGCCCAGCCUCAAAAUCAAGCCAUGAUUUAGGGAAUGAGGAACAUCCAAAAUAUCUAGAAAAUUUCUAACAAAUGUUUCGAUUUCAUUUUAGUGUGGAAUUAGGCUACUAUUAAGCUUACUUUUGUAAAGUUAUCAACUUAAUUGUAUAAAGUAGAGAGGAGAACAGCACAUAACCAUAAUGCAGCAGUGCACCUGCAGGGCUUUUCUGCACAACAUAA